GUUUUCUUCAGGUCUGAGUCGUCUCAUAAACCUUAGAUUAAAUAUUAAUCUUAAGAACAUUAUUGCAGUGGAACAAGGUGGAGUCAUACUGACAAAACCAUUUUAAUGCUUCAUUUAAAUGUGUACCUUGUACUCUCACUAAAGCCCAGGGCUUAGACAACAGGAAGCAAGAUCAUGAGAUUCACCUCAGAACCAGUAGAUGCCACAGAACUACCAACGAAGUUUACCUUUAACCCAAAAUUAGGGAUUGACAACCCAGCCUUGGUGAUCUCGGAUGACACAGAGCCUGAUGUGCGUCCACGGCUGUGUGCUCUCAAACGGGAGCACGGUCAGUGCUUUGGGUUUUACCUGAGCAAGGACGCUGGCUGCAGGGGACAUGUGGUGCGGCAGGUGGAGCCUUGGAGCUGCGCCGAGCGUGGUGGGUUGAGGGAGGGGGACCAUGUUUUGGAGGUCAAUGAGGAUUUUGUGGAUGACAAGGAGCACUUGACUGUGGUGCUGAAGAUCCAGGCCUGUAGUCUGCAGCUCUAUCUAUUAGUGUUGAGUGCCCAGAAUUAUGAGAUUGCAGUAACAGAAGAAAGAGAUCUCAUGUCCCUCGCCCAGGCUCACCGUGGAGAGGGUUGUUCUCGUCCACGGUUAUGUCACAUCACUAAAGAGCCCGGCUGUGGUUUGGGUCUCAACAUCAUCCCUGUUGAAGGUGAGCGAGGCUGUUAUCGUCUUAGCCCAGUGCAUCAAGGUCCGGCCGAGAGAGCUGGAGUCCAGAAUGGAGACCGGCUGAUCUGGAUCAAUGGAAUUAGGGUCUCUUCACUCACACAUGGAGCUCUGUCAAAAAUGGUGAAGAACUGUGCAAACCAUGUGACUGUAUUGGUAAUUGACAGCAGGAGUAAAGAGAGCUAUGCUCGAAGAAAUUUACCCAUAAUUCCCGCUUUUGCCGAAAGUCAUAAUCUACCCUAUACUCCGAAAACACUGCAUCUAACUCAGGGACCACAGGGUUAUGGGUUCCUGCUGAGACAAGAGAAGCUUAAAUCUGGACGUAUUGCUCACGUGCUACGAGAAAUCGACCCUUGCAGUUCAGCUGAGAAAGCAGGGAUGGAGGAUGGAGAGCUUCUCCUAGCUGUAAAUGGGGAACAGGUGGAGGACGCAGAGCAUGAGGACAUCGUCAGCAAAAUACGGCAAAGCGGCCAGCAGGUCACUUUAACCACCAUCUCCGUCUCUGGCAGAAACUACUACACACAGCUUGGCAUUUCUCCACUGCUGUUCUACGAAGAUCACAUUCCAAGAAGGGAACGGUUCUCCCAAACUCCUCUGCAAGAUGAAGAGGCACCCAACAACCCACAAUGCCCUCGACUUUGUGUGCUUUAUAAGGAGAGCACAGGGUUUGGCUUCAAUCUAGGCUAUGUUGAGGAUAAACCUGGUGCCUUUAUCGGUCAGGUGGCAAAUGGGAGCACUGGAGAAAGAGUUGGACUAUGUGAGGGAGAUGUGGUUAUAGAGGUUAAUGGACAGAAUGUGGAGGAAAAAUAUUUUGACGAAGUGGUGAGGCUGAUAAAAGAGGGAGGAACUACUCUCAGGCUUUUAGUUGUGGAUGGACAAGGCUAUGAAAACCUGAGAAACAUCAGAAAGACUACAAGUUCCAGACUCGUUCCUCAAAGUAUCGAGGCUCCAGAAAUGUCACAAGACAAUUUCGUAUGAUUGAAUCACAUCUGGUAAAGAGAAGUGUAGUGAAACAUGACACAAAUCCUGUGAAGUAUACUUCUACUGCACAAGAGGAAAUGUCCUUUUUAUUCCUGGU